AACGGACUAAACUGAAAGUUGAUUAGAUCCACGUACGCUGCACCAAAUCAGAAGAACAUAUGAGAAUGUAAUACUUAUUCAAAAAUGGUUGGAAAGAGCAAGAAAGGAAGAGUACGUGGUGAAAAGGAUGACAAAGAAACAAAAGCUGAAUCCUCUAGUAAUGAUUUGUGUUGCAAUGAUAAUUUAGCAGACAGGAAGGACUUUCAGGAACUGUCUGCGGUUAAAGACAAUAGAAGUAAAACUGAGGAAGGAGUAAAAACAUCCUCUAUUGAAAUAUGGAAAGACGAAAAGUUACGGAUAGUGAUUUUCAUUGUAGGAGUAUUACAUGUUUUUCAGAUAUGUGGGAUUACAUAUUUAUUGCAUCAAAACAUCACCAUUUUACCGCAAUCGUAUCAAAAAGUUCCAUUACAAACAGAUUCCGAGGAUUCCUCUUUAAUCUGUGGCCGAGAAGAGGCUGAUGUGUCAGAGAGAAACAUACACGUUGUUAAUGAUUUAAAUCUAUUACACAACGAAUUCCACAGUUAUGUCAAAGACAGACGAAAGGAAACGGAGGCAUGGGUGAAUGAAUUGUCAAAUUGUAACAAAACUUUGGAGCGUAUGAUUAAAAAUAUAACUGAAUUGGAAGAAGACAAGAAUACAUUGUUACAAAGUAUUAACGUUUCGCAAAAGAACUACGCUAACAAAACAGAAGAAGAAACGCAACAUCUAAUGCAACUUGAGGCCAAUUUCACAGAAAAGAUGCUAGAAGUGAAGCGAGAUAUAAGUCGUUUUUAUGAAGAGGUGAAGAAGAAUAACAGUGCAAUAAAUAACGAAAGAAGAUUAUCUGAAGAAAUUCUUCAAAAUCAUUUAUCGAAGAAAUUAAAAGAACUCUAUGAUGAGAUUGACAAGAAAAUCUAUGACCAAAAAGGGGAAUUUGUUGAAUACAAGAAUGAAAUAUCUGUUGUUAUUAAGAGAAUUAAUGCAAGCAGUACAAAGCUUGGUGAGGAUGUAAAUAAAAACAACAGAACUUUUAUGAAGAAAGAAAAGGCAAUUGAUAGACAAUUUCGUGAAGCCAUUCAACGUAUAAAUGAAUGGCACGAAAGGGUCAAAGAAAUUGAGGAAAAAGCGAGGGAGUUUGAGGAAAAAAUUGAUGACGAAAAAAAGAAAAUUGAAUCCACAAUGACUGAUAUUAAGAACAUCGAGGAAAAUAUAAACCAUUUAAACGUACAUAAUACAGAAAAAUUUAGUAACAUCGAUCAAAAAUUGAAAAAAUCAGAAAUAACGAUGAAGAAAUUUAAAGAAGGAGUAAAGACGAUUUACAGAAAAGUUAAUACCGAAAAGAGGAAUAUUGAAUCCACAAUGGUUUACGUCAAAGAACUGGACGAUAGAAUAAAAGAAUUACACAAGCAUACCACAGAAAAAGAAAAGGAAGUCAGAGAAAGAAUUAAUAGCACCGAGGAAAGAGUGACAAUGGUUGAAAAAGAAACGAAAAGAAUUAUAGAAAAAGUUAAUGACGAAAAGGAGAAAAUUGAAUCCAAACUGGCUGGGGUUCACGGGCAGUUAGACUACUUCUCUCUUGAACUAAAUGAUAUCAAUCUGUACAUUGUGGGAUUCUUGCUCCUGGUGGUCAUGGUUGUCAUUUUCACUGCAUACAAACUUCUGAUACCAUCACCAGUACUUUCUUAUCAACCGACAGCAGGAAAAUCUGCUACGCAACCAAGGGUAGGAGGAAAGUUUUCAUCUGAAAUUGUUGAAGGUAUAUCUAGACAAACUUUGGAGCCAGGGAUAAGCCUCAUAAGCUUCAACUCUUCUUCACAAAAGUUUCACAUGAACCUUAUAGAUGCAGUCCCUAAGCCUACUUCUACAAAAGUCCAUCCUUGCCCUAUCCAAUGUUCGAAUGAUAUCCUAAGAAUUAAGCCCUCUAAGGUUGCGUUUGUGUUUGUUGACUUUAACGAGAGGAACAUCAUUCUGGAGGACCCGGAGACAGAAAUAGGUGACCUCCGCAGACUGACCACUGAAGGACUCCUCAAAAUGGGCUGUGAUGUUUUUGUUGUGUAUGUGAGAGAUAGAGGCUCUGAGACUUUAGCACCAGGUCAGCUGUACAACCCCCAGCUUCACUCUAUUGGACAUCACUCUGUACUCUCCAAGCUCAAGGAGAGAAACCGUGUGUUGUCUGUCUAUAACAGCUUCCUACCACACCAGGUCAAGUUCCUGGAGGACUCUCUCAAAAGGUUGUGAUUCCGAGUUCCAUCUCACCGCUGUGAUAUAUUUGUUAUCCAAUCGCAACAAAGUUGGAGGGGAUUUAGUAAGGCAAUAAUGUGUUCGUUUGUGAGUGAGUUAUUGAUGUACGAAAUAGAAGUGAUGUAAUUUGCAUCGGAAUGAAUGUUGAAUGCUGUGUUGAUUUAAAGAUACAUGUAUUCUUUUUGCAAGAGGACGCUUCGCUCUGCAGUG